UGUUUUGAAGAAGAUGCUGGAGUCCUUGGGGAAGGACGCUGGUGGUGACUCAAUAGAGGCCCUACAACAGACGUUGCGAGAAGAAUUGAAUGGGCAAAAUUAUAUGCUUGUGCUUGAUGACGUGUGGAAUGAAGAUCAUUUAAAGUGGAGUGAUUUAAGAACUUAUUUGAUGUGCGGAGGUCAAGGCAGUAAGCUAUUAGUGACGACUCGUAGUACAUUGGUUUCUCAAGCAAUGGGUAUUGACGAGCCGUAUGUUUUGAGUGAUUUGACAGAUGAGCAAUCAUGGACAUUGCUAAAGAACCUGACAUUUGGUGAAGAUAGCAGCAGAAUGAGCUCUGAAUUGCAAUCAAUCGGAGAGGAAAUUGCAAAGAAGUGUAAAGGAGUGCCAUUGGCGAUCAAAACAAUAGGAGGGUUCUUACGGACAAGGGUUGAAGAAAUUGAUCAAUGGUCAAGUCUUUUGCAUGGUGCUAUUUGGAGGUUAUGCGAAGAAGAGAAGAGUAUCAUGCCGGUGCUAAAUUUGAGUUACUUAAACUUGCGUCCUGAACUAAGACAAUGUUUUGCUUAUUGUUGUCUAUAUUCAAAGGAUUGGGUAAUCCAAAAGGAUGAAUUGAUUCAAUUGUGGAAGGCUCAAGGUUAUCUUGCAAGUCCAAUUGAAACACAAUCUAUAGAAGACGUAGGUAAUCAAUAUGUCAAGAUUUUGUUAAUGAGGUCAUUUUUUCAGGAUGCAUCAACAGAUGAAUUCGGUCAUAUUGAAUCCUUCAAAAUGCAUGAUUUGAUGCAUGAUCUUGCAACGUUGGUAGCUGGAAAUGAUUGUUACUUACAUACGGAGGGAAAAGGAAUUGUUGAAAGACCCAUGCAUGUGGCAUUUGAAACUAGCACCGAUUGUUCAUUGGAUGUGUUUCAUGUUUGCAAAUUACGGACAAUCAUCACUUGCAACAGUGAUACCAAUUUCGUGGCCGAACUCUCUUUUAUGAAAAAACUGAAGUGCCUUCGUGCUUUGAUAUUGUCAUUUCAUUCUAUGACUGAGCUACCAAAGUCCAUUGAUAAAGUCAAACAUUUAAGAUAUCUUGAUCUUUCAUACUCUCAAAAUCUAAGAAGUUUGCCUGAAUCGAUUGGCAAUCUUGUUUGUUUGCAAACAUUAAAAAUAAAAGAUUGCGAAUCUUUACUUAGUUUACCUGAAUCGAUUGGCAAUCUUGUUUGUUUGCAAACAUUAAAUGUAAAAGAUUGUGGAUCUUUACUUAGUUUUCCUGAAUCGAUUGGCAAUCUUGUUUGUUUGCAAACAUUGAAAGUAAAAGGUUGUGUAUCUUUAGUUAGUUUGCCAGAGUCAGUUGGCAAUCUUAUUUGUUUACAGUCACUGAAUUUAAAUGAUUGUAGGCAACUUGUUUUUCCAACAAAAUUUAUUACAAAAUUGAUCAAUUUGAAGAAGCUCGACAUUGAAUAUUGUAAAGCCUUUGAAGACGGCAUGCCAGUAGGAUUGGGGAAAUUGAUUUCAUUGCAAUCCUUAUCAAGCUUUGUAGUAGGGAAUAACAAAAAAGAUACAAGUGCCAAAUUGAAUGAACUGAAAGAGCUUGACCUCAGAGGCAAAUUGACCAUUAGUAAUUUGGAUUUGGUAAAGGAUGCGGCAUCCGAAUCUCAUGAGACAAAUAUGAGAUCAAAGAAACACAUCCUAGACCUUUCUCUGCUAUGGUGGCUCAGAGUCUCUGAUUCCAGUGAAUAUGAAAUAAGAAAGAGUGAGAGCUUGGUGUUAUUGGAUAAUCUUUGUCCCCAUCAAAAUCUGAGAUCACUAGAAGUGGAAGGCUUUCUAGGAGUGAGGUUUUCAGAUUGGCUCAUCUCGCUAAUUCAUGUUGUUCGCAUAUCUCUCAAGUAUCUUCCCAAUUGCAAACAUCUCCCACCUUUGGAGAGACUGCCUUGUCUUCGUGAGCUCCAGAUUAGUGAUAUGAGAUCGCUGGAGUGGAUGGAUUAUUAUGAAAAUAUUGGUGAUGUGUUCUUCCCAUCUUUGGAGAAACUCGUAAUCAGUUUCUGUAGGAACCUGAGAGGAUGGGAGAUGUUAGGGGAUGAUAAGAAUGCAAAUGAGACUCAAAACCAUCUUUCCCUACCUCCUUUUCCCCGUCUCUCUCUUCUCCAAAUUGAUACUUGUCCAAAGUUGACCUGCAUGCCUUCUUUCCCACACCUCGUUGAGUUGGAUUUACGAUGGGGUAGUAGCGUGAAGCCGAUGUUGGAAACAUGUAUGGUUAAGCAUGACUCUUCAUCCAUCUCCCCUCUCUCUCAUCUCAAGAGCUUGCGGCUUUCGAGAGUUACAGAGAUAGAAGCAAUGGCAGUGGCAGAGGACUGGAUGAAAAACCUCACAUCGCUCCAGAGUCUCCACCUUCUUGGAUCGUCAGCCGUUCAGAUUCUGUCACGCCACUUGCAAUAUCUUCCUUCUCAACUUCAAGAGUUGAAGAUAAGUUUCGAUGACGACAAGCUUGACCUCUGGAAAGACACACAAGGUCGUGGUCCUCCUCAUGCGCUCUCUUCUCUGCAGACAAUCUUCUUCUUCGAAUGUAGGAACAUGAAGGCUUUACCAGAGCAGAUUGGCAACCUCCAAUCACUAAGGGAUUUAGAUAUUAUCUCUUGCCCUAAAUUAGCAUUGGAUGAAGCUUGCCUUACCAACAUACACACACUAUGGAUCAGUGAUUGUCCAAUCCUAAAGCGCAAAUACGACCCUGAUAGUGGAGAAGAUCGGGCCAAGAUAGCUCACAUCCCAAACAUAUUCAUACUCUGAGAUUGAUCCCCUCAAAAGGGGAUUCUUGCAAAUCAUUUUCUUCUUGCCAUACUUUCAAAUUUCAAUAGGCCCAUGUCUGCUGCUUCAAUGGGAAGAUACAAAUAUUUCGUCUCAUCAUUCCAUUUUGCAAAAUGUUGAAUCCUCAAGAUGGUCAAAUUCUGACCCAGUUCCUCCUUUGGGUACAACACUGAUUAAAGUAGCAUGCAAAGGAAGUUACAUUCAGCUACCAGCCAAUUACCAUUAGCUUCAAACUUAUUUAGGUUAGCACAUGAGAUGGAGUGUUUUGUUUACAACAAAUCGUGUAUGUAAAUGCAUAGGCAUGGCUUAUCCUUCAAAUUUCAGUUGUGGCAUCUAAAAGUAGCUAUGUAAAAAGGAGAGGAUUCCAACUUAGAAAAUAGAAAGCUGUUCUUAUGAUGAAUAUUUACAUCAAGAUUAUUUCUAGAAGAAGUAUAAGAGAUGGAUUAAGAGAAAUGUUGUUGGUAUUGAACUACUUGAUCUGCUUCUGGUGUGGAAUACCUCUGAUGUCAUCACCUCUCUUAAUUUAGUUGGAGCUCCCUUCCAGUCUUUGCAAUAUUUGCCGAGAAAGAAAAAGAAAUUUGCCAUUCAAGCACGAGCAUUAUCUGGCUUCAUGUGAUAACGAUUACGUGACUAGUUGAAUCCAUAUAUGGUUUUGUGGCAUCUCCCCCUCCUGAUGGCCAUGCCGAAGGGAGCGGGUAGAGUUGCUGGGUAGGUUAUUUCAAGGCACAGCGGAGAUUGCUUUAUUUCUUGCUUUAUUGUACGGGAAUUUAUUGUUCAAACUUCCCAUUCUUGUGUAUGUUGUUCUGUGAUCUGUGAUGUGAUAUCAUAAACUUUGAUGUAUCACCUGCUGUGUUUCCCUCUUGUUUUGGAAGCACACUUUAUCUAUAUCUAAAACGAGGAUUAUCACAAUUCGAAGCUCUAUUGUACUACUCUUAUUGUAACAUACACUCAUUUUCAUUGAAUGAAUUUAAUAGUUCCUGAUAUCUAUUU